AUGCCGACCGAACUGGAGGAGCUGGUGGAAUUCCUCCACCACGGCAACACCCAGAUCAGACAGAUCGCCUGCGAGAACCUCGUUGGGUUUUCCACCGCUCAGCCCGACCUGUUCAAGCGACACCAGCUGCUGCCUGUGCGCGACCUGAAACUCCUGGCCCGUGACUACCCUCCGAUCGCCAAAAAUGCGUUGACCAUGCUCAUCAAUCUCGCGGGCGAUGAGGAGGUGUUGGCCAACUUGGUCGAAGAUGAGACGUUCCUGGAGACCUUGCUACUAAAAUUGACGAACGUUAAAGAGCCCAAUGCCGACGAAUUUACGAUGCUCCUGGCCAACAUGGCCAAGUCAGAUCGGCUACAGAAGUUGCUCACGCUGAAGCGCAAAGCCCCCGAGUCCGUGUCGUCGUCCGAGAAUGCCAUUGACCAGCUGAUGGAUUGCUUUGUCAAGGGCGCCGAGGGAGCCCUCAAUAAGAAUGCCACCUACGACUAUCUGUCCUACCUGUUUGCCGACCUGGCGCAAUCGGAAGCGGGCCGGGCCUAUUUUGUCACGCGCCAGGAGUACGAUGGGGUGGUUCCGGUCACCAAGCUGACGGUGUUCACCGAGCACCAAAGCGACAUUCGCCGCAAGGGCGUGGCGUCCACUAUCAAAAAUAUCUCGUUCGACGUACCCUCCCAUCCCAUGCUCUUCGCCGAAGACGAGGUCAAUCUCCUUCCAUACCUCUUGCUCCCGAUCACCGGACCCGAAGAGUUCUCGGAGGAAGACUCGAUGGAGAUGCUGCCAGAUCUGCAACUGCUGCCGCCGGACAAGAAGCGGGAUCAGGACCCCAGCAUCAUGACCACCCACCUGGAAACCCUGCUGCUGCUGACCACCACUCGAGAAGGACGUGACAAGAUGCGGGCGGUAAAGGUGUAUCCGAUUAUCCGCGAAUGCCAUCAGCAGGUCUCGGACGAGAAUUUGCAGGAGGCGUGCGACCGGCUGGUACAGGUGUUGAUGCGUGACGAGGAGGGCGAGGGUGACAAGACCGAGGGCGAGCUGGCGCAGGCGCAAGCAGCGGUCGAGGGGCAGCCACCAGCGGCGGCGGACGAGGAUGAGAAGGUGGUGGAGCUGUUUUAG